UCAGCCACGUUUGGAGCUCCGCCCCUGUUGGGGGUCCAGGGGUGGCUUAAAGGCCGCUCUUCUGUGAGCAGGCAACUAGCACUCUCCUCCCUGCCCGCGUCCAGGGAGCCACAGCACCACCGGGCACUAUGGACCCCGCUACUUCCCUGCGACUGUGGAAUCUGCCGCUACUCCUGGUGGGCUCUGCUCUUGGCCUCGCUUCAGUGUCUGCCCAAGGGAAUAAUCUAGAGAUCUGCCUCUUGCCCUUGGACGUGGGACCUUGUCAGGCCUUUAUCCCCAGAUUCUACUAUGACAGGGACCAGCAGAAGUGCCGCAGAUUCAAGUAUGGAGGCUGCCUGGGCAAUGCAAACAACUUCCACAGUCGGGAACUCUGUGAACACACUUGUGGAAAUAUCGAGAAAGUUCCUCGAGUUUGUCGACUAGAACUCAGAACGUAUCCAUGUGAUAAGCCCCAUAUACAGUUUUUCUUCAACCUGAAUACCAUGACGUGUGAGCCCCUUGGGCCCGGUCUGUGUAGCAAUACUAUGAACGUGUUCUCCGAGGAAGCUACAUGUAAGGACUUAUGUGAGCCAAGGAGAAGUAUUCCAUCAUUUUGCUCCAGCCCAAAGGAUGAAGGUCUGUGUUCUGCCAAUGUGACCCGCUAUUAUUUUAAUUCAAGAAACAAAACAUGUGAGACCUUCACCUAUACUGGCUGUGGUGGGAAUGAAAAUAACUUUUAUUAUCUGGAUGCUUGUGACCGCGCUUGCAUUAAAGGCUGGAAGAAGCCCAAGAGAAGGAAGAUAGGUGAUUUCCGGCCCAGAUUUCGGAAGCUUCUUUCGUAAGCAUUUUUCUCAUACUUAAGGAAACAAAUCAUUGGUAAUCUGCUCCUCUGAUUUUACUGAUGCGUUACUUUUUUUUUAACCUGUGUGUUUUUAUUCACACCAAGCUGCUUUCCAAAUGUGAAAUCAUCAUUUUCAAUGUACUGUUCAAAUGUUUAGAGACUGAAUCCUUGCAGUGUCUCAGAUAUGAAUGUGAACAUGACUUGAUCAACCUCUUGCGAUAGCUAGUACUAAUUUAAGAAGACAAUGGUUAUUAAAAUAACAGAAGACAAUUUAAGUGUGCAAAUUUAACUUAUAUGAGCAUCAUCGAGAGCGGCAAAAGCAUUGCAUUACAAACUUAAAAGUUUAAAUUAAAUUUUAGGCUCCAGGAAACAAGUAGCCGAUUUAUGAACACUUUAUUCAAUCAUUCCACUGGGUAUUACUUACAACUUGCCAAGCAUCCUUGCAUUUAUUUCUUGCCAGAUUGCAAUAUUAUGAAGAAGGAGAGUUAUUUCAAAGGUAUAAUUAUUAUUGGAUAAAUCAAAAAUGUUGGAGAUUUAUGAAAAAGAAAAUGUUUUGCCUAGAAAAGAAUCAUUAUAUAUUUAAUUCUGUGUUUACUUUUCCAUAUUUGACAAAUAAAAUCUUCUUUGGCCAUGUGCAUUACAUUAUUCCCUCAGACAAAAUGUUUUGGAGAACAGAAAUUUCUGGAUCUUUCGUACUAUGUAAGAUGUAUCCUGCACCAAAAUGCAUGUAUGAUUUAACUUGAAUUUCACAAAUAAAUUCUUUUUUAAA